ACAGUACACACAGGUGAAAAUGUGAAACAGGAUUUACAUGGAUGAGUACCAAAAUUUCACUUUUUAAAUACAGCUUGGACAACAGAGGACACAGAAUAAAUUAAACUCGGGAAGGCGGGCCAAGCCCUGAGGACUCGCACAACCUUGAGGAGGGGCAUUUUGAUUGGAGGAGAGCAACACCAAUCAAAUCGGAUAUCAAAAAUCACAUUUGCCCCGAAUAGGUGCGAUUUCACCCGGGAGAAGGUCAUGGUUAACCACCUAUAAACGCUGGUUAUUUUCUCUAUACCCCCUUCCUUCUUGGCGUCGAGAAUGGGUGACUGCUACAACGGCACGUCAGAGUGUUACUACAACCAUUCGGUCGAGUUCUUCUACAACUCCAGCGGGAAGCCGAUCAGCUGCAUGUGGCACACGCAAGACUAUGUAGUGGUGGGGCUGGGCCUCACGGUGUGCGUCAUCAUCAUCCUGGCCAACCUCAUGGUCAUCGCCGCCAUUGCGAUCAACCGCCGCUUUCACGUUCCCUUCUACUACCUCCUGGGGAACCUGGCGGUGGCCGACCUGUUCUCCGGCAUCUCCUACGUGAACCUGAUGCUCCACACGGGGCCCUGGACCAUCGACCUGACCAAGCGCCAGUGGUUCAUCCGCCAGGGCCUGGUGGAGACCAGCCUGACCGCCUCCGUGCUCAACCUGCUGGCGGUGGCGAUCGAGCGGCACCAGACCGUCUUCACCAUGCAGCUGCACAGCAACAUGUCGAACCGCCGGGUGCUCCUGUUCAUCCUGGGAAUCUGGGCCAUGGCCUUCGUCUUGGGCCUCGUGCCCAUGAUGGGUUGGCACUGCAUCUGCGACCUGCAGAACUGCUCCAUCAUGUCGCCCAUCUACAGCCGCAGCUAUCUGGUGUUCUGGGCGGGGUUCAACCUGCUGACCUUCUCCGUCAUGGUGGCCAUGUACACGCGCAUCUUCGUCUACGUGCACCACAAGAGCCACGUGAUGUCCCAGCACACCACCCAGAUCCGGCACAGGGAGACCGUCAUCAACCUCACCAAGACCGUCUCCAUCAUCCUGGGGGCAUUUGUGGUCUGCUGGACCCCUGGCCUGGUGAUCCUCCUGCUGGACGGGCUGCACUGUGAUGCCCACUACGUGCUGACCUUUGAGAAGUACUGCCUGGUGCUGGCCGAGUGCAACUCCCUGGUGAACCCCAUCAUCUACUCCUUCCGGGACAAGGACAUGCGCUCCACCUUCAAACGCAUCCUCUGCUGCCUCUGCAGGAGGUGCCCAGAGCCCGAGGGGAAGCCCCCAAACCUUCAGUUCGACACGCUGAAGCGAGAGAUGUACCUGAAACUGAAAGCAUACCUGUCCUCCUGGAGGAGGAGACGAGCCGCUGGGUCCUCUCAGCCCGGCGCGGAGACGCCCGACGCAGCCUGCUGGACCACCGACAUCCUGCCUGCCUAAAGCAGCCAAUCACGGACACGCAACAGAGACACUCACACAUGCUGCCU